CCAGAAAUCUGCAGAAUUGUUUUUCGUUACCAUAUCAGUCCGACGUCGUAACGUGAUAAUAAAAGCCAGAAAUCUGGCUAAAGCCCUGCUGCUCAUCAUAUUCAUUUGAGAAAUCAGUCGAAAUCAGAGCUUAAACCCCGGCCCAAACCUCUGAUGGCGAUGAAGGCAGCAGCUAUCAAGUUGAAGGCCGCCGCGGCGCCUAGCACCGGUUUUAGGGCUCUUCUAUUCUCGACGUCAAGAUUCCCAUUUAAUCAACCGUCCCCUGCUCAGAAGCCGCCUCCUGCUGAACCCUCCACCAAUCUCUUCGUUUCCGGACUCAGCAAACGUACAACUAAUGAGGGUCUCCGAGGUGCCUUUGAGAAGUUCGGAAAUGUGGUCGAUGCAAAAGUGGUCUGUGAUCGAGUGUCUGGAUUUUCAAAAGGUUUUGGUUUUGUUAGAUAUGCAACUGUACAAGAAGCUGAGGCUGGUAUUAAGGGCAUGGAUGGCCAGUUUCUGGAUGGCUGGGUUAUCUUCGCAGAGUAUGCAAGACCAAGAAAUCCUUCUCCACCAACUCAAAAUGGUCCUUCAAAUGGUUUCGGCAGCACUAAUUUUCGAUGAUGAAGAAGAUGAUGAAUACCGGAUUGAACUAUAGCAUCCAUUUGGUUGACAAGGAGACAACCGGAUUGUUUUGUAUUCGAGAUGAAAAAGAACUGAAUUUGGUACUUUUGGUCUAAUUGAAGUCCUUUAAAACGUCAAUUAAUUGAAGAUAUCGAUUCUUAGUUUCCUCCUUUACCA